AUGCCAUCUUCUCAAGCUAAUGCGAAUCUCAUGAGAAGAACUCUUCUCGCCCACAUUGACACGCUCAAUACAACCAUCACCGAUCUUCGCCAGCUGCUAUCAAGAGCCCAAAUUGGCAGAAAUGCCGCGCGGCUAGGACUGGAAGCAGUCCGUAGACUUCUACGCAACAAAAAAGAUCAAGUACAACAACUACAUACGGAAAGAGACGCCCUGCAAGACCUGCGACCUCGAUGCAGUAUCUGUCACGAAUUGUACCGUGCUAAUACGGACGACACAAAGGCCCGUAUUUAUCCGUGUGGUCACUCGGCUUGUAGUUGGUGUAUAAACCAAAUGAUAAAUACACGCAAUGCGGAAGCGGCCACAAACCCAAGAACCAAUCGGAACAUCAUCAAAUGUCCUCAUUGCCGUGAGGAGACAAAGAUGAUCCAGCCAGAGGCCGAAAAAAUGAUAAGAAACGUUGCCUUAGAGCAACAAUAA